AUGACUGGAGGGUCAUUAGGUCUACGUACAGGGAGCUAUGGAUCACUACAACAACUACAACUGAUACAGAAUGGCUUUUCACAUAAUCUGCCAACACCUGGUCUUACACGCAAGUCUUCCAAGUUGCUUCUUUCAAGUUCGAGGGAGAAGGAAAGAGUUUUGCCCUUUGUAUGUAGAUUCCUGGGUCGAAAGAGGGUCACAAUGCUUCUUUUGGUUGUCCUUGCUCUUUUGGUUUUCGUAUUCAAUUCCUUCACUGUAAAUAAAGAAAGCAGUAAUGUCAUUAUCACUCAACAUAGUGAAAAUGUGAUACCUUAUCGCAAGGAUAGGUCAAGUAGUUCCAUAACUUUCGCUGGAAUGGAAGAUAAACAUGACAUCAAAAUACCUUCUACAGAGAAUACUGUGAAAGGAAAUGUUAAACAUAGAACCCUGAUUCCUUCUCCUUCCCAUCCCCUUAUUCAGCCAUCUACUGUUGUUCGUGACCAUUGUGAAAAUUUUGCAUUUCCCCCUCCUCCUCCUCCAACUGAUCGAAAACGUUAUGGACCACGUCCAUGUCCAGUAUGUUAUCUACCUGUGGAGCAUGCUAUAGCUAGCAUGCCAAGCUUCUCCUCAGAAUCAUCUGUCCUACGUAAUUUGACAUAUGUUUAUGAUGAAAAUCCGAUAAGAAUUGAAUCACAUAGAGGUUCUGAAUUUGGUGGGUUUCCAACUCUAAAGCAGAGAAAUGAUUCUUAUGAUAUAAAAGAAUCCAUGAUGGUUCACUGUGGAUUUGUGAAAGGAAGUAAACCUGGUCACCAGUCUGGAUUUGAUGUUGAUGAAGCUGACCUUAUGGAGUUGGAGAUGUUCCAUGAUAUCAUUGUUGCAUCAGCUGUCUUUGGAAACUAUGAUAUAAUACAGCAGCCAAAGAACAUUAGUGAGUUUUCGAGGAAAAAUGUUCCAUUCUACAUGUUUAUUGACGAAGAGACAGAAGCUUAUAUGAAGAAUUCCAGUGUCCUGGGAAACAGUAAGAGGGUAGGAUUGUGGAGAAUUAUUGUUGUUCGUAACGUCCCCUAUAGUGAUGCAAGGCGUAAUGGAAAGAUUCCGAAGCUUCUAUUGCAUAGGCUUUUCCCCAAUGUCAGAUAUUCUUUGUGGAUUGAUGGAAAGCUUCAGCUUGUGGUGGAUCCGUAUCAAAUCCUUGAGAGGUUCUUAUGGCGUCAGAAUGCGAAUUUUGCAAUCUCAAGGCACUAUAGACGGUAUGAUGUGUUUGAAGAGGCUGAAGCUAACAAAGCUGCUGGAAAGUAUGAUAACUCCACCAUUAAUGAGCAGAUUGACUUCUAUAUUAAGGAGGGUUUACAACCUUAUUCAGUGGCUAAAUUUCCAAUAACAAGUGAUGUUCCUGAAGGUUGUGUUAUCAUAAAGGAGCACAUUCCCAUCACAAAUUUGUUUACCUGCAAUUGGUUCAAUGAAGUUGAUCGCUUUACCUCCAGGGAUCAAUUAAGCUUCUCCACAGUGAGGGAUAAAAUCAUGGGAAAAGUUAAUUGGAGCAUUAAUAUGUUUUUGGAUUGUGAGAGGCGCAAUUUUGUAAUUCAGGCAUACCACCGAGAGUUACUGGAGCACAUGCCUCCUCCGCGUCUGCCUAGGGCUAUUAUUCGUCUUCCGCUACCUUUGCCUCAGAGUACCAAAUCUGUAAAGACUCCAACUGGGAAGAAGAUUUCUCUAAAGCGUGGAAGAGUAGAUAAGAAGCGCCAUCGUAAGGUUGGUGGUAGUAGAGACAGCAAGUCUUUCUAA